GCAGUGUUUGUGACCCGAGGAGUCCCCGCGCGCAGGCAUGGCGAGCCAGCAGCCGUCGGUUCCGUGCAUCUCGCGGUCGCCACCCGAGCAGCCGCUUCAGGUGAAGGUGGUAGGGCUUUUCAAGAGCUCCAGCUUUCAGAUCGCGAAGAGCGCCGCUGAGAGUCUGAAGAGUAAUUAUCCAUCCAAAUUUGAAGAUCCUAUCAUAAUUCCUGUUCAAGAAUUUGCAUGGCAUCAGUAUCUACAAGAGAAAAAAAGGGAACUUAAAAAUGAAGUCUGGGAAUAUUCUUCUUAUGUGAUGUGUUUUAUUAAUGAUGAGCUCCUGGGUGAUGCACUUGAUCUACAGAAAUGGGCCCACAAAGUGUGGGAUAUAGUUGAUUUUAAGCCUCCUGCACUUUACGAAGCACUUACUAUGGAUUAUUCUGAAAAAUUCUUAAGAGACACCAAGCAUAAUUUUGUGUUCUUGGACAUUUCUAUUGAUCUUUAUCCAAUUGGAAGAUUGAUUUUUGAGCUAUAUUCUGAUACAUGUCCCAAAACAUGUAAAAAUUUUCAGAUCUUGUGCACAGGAAAAGCAGGGUUUUCCCAAAGUGGCAUCAAGCUACAUUACACAGGUUCCAUUUUCCAUCGAGUGGUACGGAAUGGCUGGGUACAAGGAGGAGGUGAGUUUGAAACCUUAAAUACAACUUAGUUGUAACAUCAAAUCCGAAUAUCCAAACUUCUGUUUAUCUGCCUCUUUGAAAUUCAUAUAGAAUUAGAAUAUAUUUAACAUUAGAUGUUAUAUAGAUAUAUUUAAAGGAUGGUCAAAUGAUGAAUUAAGAUAUUCAUACUCUUUUUAAAAAUUCCAUCAUUAUUAAAAUAAAUCUAAAGUGUGUUACUAGGAAUAUUGCAGAUUAAAAAGUGAUAUACCUAAAAGUAGAGUAUAUGCAAAAUACAGUGCUUUUAAGAUACAUACUAAAGGUAGGAAUUUGAAAACAGAAUAAAUGAAAAACAGCUUAUUUCUCACCAAAGAUGUUACCCUGUUAUAACUGAAAUAAGAUCAAAAGCAUUUUGGUCUCCAUCUUUGCUUUCUUUCCAGGUCAAUCCUUUGGCUUUACACAAAGGAGGUACCUUGAUUAGCAACACAAAAUUCAAUUUUAGAGGCCUUUUAGGAGAUAGCCCAUAGGGAGCAAUCAGGCAGCAAUUUAGAAAUAAUUGGUUUAGUGUGGAAGGAGAUUUUCUUGAACUUGAUGAAAUAUGCAAAGGCUGAAAUUAAUAAUGUUUGAUUAUUUUUCUACAAUCUGGAACAUUCUCAGGCUGAUGAGGAGAAAAAUAUAGAUUUAAUCUAAGUAUCCUGCAUGUAAAUCAGCUCUUAUAUGUAAAUCAGUUUCUCCAAAAUGAGAUAUCACCACUACUAUUUCUAAUCCAGUUGUUUUUCUACUUAAUUUUUAUGGUGUGUGCUAAGUCACUUCAAUCGUGUCUGCCUCCUUGUGACCCU